AUGACUAUUAUUGAUAAAUUAUUUGCAUAUAACAGUACUACUCCGAAAAGUCCUUUGAUUAUAAAGGAGUGUGUUUCGGAAUGUGGUAAAAAGCAAGAUGAAGACACUCAAUGUGAUUCAUCUACAUUUAGCAAAAUUCUAGCUCAAUAUUCUAGAGAUCAAAGUACUGGAACGUUAUUUAAUAUUGAAGAAAAGGAGUCUUGUCAUUUUGAAAGUCAUUGGAACACUUUUCAUGAAUCUUUUAAAAACAACGCUAUUACUAAUACGCAUCCUAUGAAAGUUCAUAGCAAAGCAGUUCAAGUAUAUAGCAUUGAAGGUGAUAUAGUUGAAAAAUUAACUGAAAAAAAACUCUAUAGUGUAAUCAUCUACGAGUAUAAGAAAUCAGGUGAAGAUCAAAUAAGAGGGAUAAUAUCUCAUACAAAAGUUGAAGAUACAUUUAAUUGUUGGUUCAUUUUUCAUAUCUUAGACCAAAGUCGUUUGAACAACAACUACAAACUUAUUUUUCAAAAAUCAAUUGCUUAUCAUGAAUUAUUUGCAGAUUAUUUUGCCUCCAAUUUAAAGAAUACUGUGGAAGAUGAUCAAUGGGAAGAGAAGGGAAGACUCUAUUUCAUCAAAAAAACAAAAUAUUUCACAGAUAGACAUUUGCGGAUAGAAUGUAUUCUGCCAGCCUUUCCUUGUAAAUCCUCUAAUAAAAACAAAGUUUGCGGUACAGUACCAGAUAAAGGCGAAGAAUUAGCUUUAAAAAGAUUAAUUAAGGCUACUGAAGAAGUUCAAAGUUUUUACCCACCAGGUGUAAAGUUUUGGAUUGUUAGUGAUGGCCAUGUUUUUUCAGAUUGCAUUGGUGUCGAUGAUGAUAUUGUAAGUCAUUAUACUAGUAAGCUUCAUCAAAUGUAUGAACAUAUUAGAACAAAAGAUAAUGAUGCUAUUGGAUUUUGUGGGUUAAACGAUAUUUUCUUCAACGGUAUCUCUACAAAACAAUUUGACCCUGCUUGGGUAAAAGAAGUUGAAGUCGACCAUUUUACAGGAACUAAAAUAUGCUCGAUUAGUGAUGUUUCAAGACAAAUAUUGAUGAAAGGAUGCGACACAGAUGCUGGAAAAUUGAGAAGAGAAAUUACUACUGAUGGUCACCCACGAUUAUAUCUGUAUAGGGGUUUCUCUAGAUUUAUGAUGGAAGAUCUAUUGUUAUUACCUUACUUUCAAGAUUUUUCAAAGAAAAAACUUAAAAAAAUUACUUCAAAAAUCGCUUUCAAUAUGAUAAAACGAAACGAUGCAUAUUCAAAUCUUGUUGAAUUAAUGUUUCCACAUCAUAUCAGAAUUUCUAUUCACGCCCAUACUAAUAGUGGCCCUAAAUUUGGGGUUAAAGUCAUUUCUAAAGAUCAGUGUCGUAUUGUUCGUGACUUAAAUGAGUUGAUUGAACCUACUUUUGAGGAUCUUCUCCACAUUCCAACUCCUUGGCAUAACUGUGUCGUUAGAGUAAUAUAUAAGAAUUCUCCUGAGUGUUACUUUCUCACUAAACAUGAAGUUGUGAAAAGUGCUAUUUCCAGUGGUAAGUUCCAAGGCCAUUGGGAGGACACGUGUUUAAAAGCAGGUGAGGGAGGUCACUUUAUCCUUAAUGAAUUAUGA